CUCACCAAAGGACAUGGAUGAAAAUGAAAACAGCCAGUCUCCAAUGACAAGCUACCAAUAUCCUAAAGAAACAGUAAGGAAGCGACAAAACUCAGUACAGAAUUCAGGAGGAAAUGUGUCUUCCAGGUUUUCCAGGAAAAGCUUCAAACUGGAUUAUAGACUAGAGGAAGAUGUAACUAAAUCGAAGAAAGGAAAAGAUGGGAGAUUUGUUAACCCAUGGCCAACAUGGAAAAACAUCUCUAUCCCAAAUGUUCUUAGAUGGCUGAUAAUGGAGAAGGACCACAGCAGUGUUCCAGGUUCCAAAGAGGAACUUGACAAAGAACUCCCAGUGCUUAAGCCGUAUUUUAUCAGUGACCCUGAAGAAGCUGGAGUGCGAGAGGCUGGCUUAAGAGUCACGUGGCUGGGACACGCAACGCUGAUGGUGGAAAUGGAUGAGCUCAUAUUCCUUACAGACCCCAUGUUCAGCUCCCGCGCUUCUCCCUCGCAGUACAUGGGUCCAAAGCGAUUUCGCCGUCCCCCGUGUACAAUAAGUGAACUUCCCAGAAUCGAUGCUGUCCUUAUUAGUCACAACCACUAUGACCACCUGGACUACGGCUCUGUCCUCGCUUUGAAUGAGCGAUUUGGCAGUGAGUUGAGAUGGUUUGUGCCUUUGGGUCUUCUCGACUGGAUGCAGAAAUGUGGCUGUGAGAACGUGAUUGAGCUGGACUGGUGGGAGGAGAAUUGCGUCCCUGGCCAUGAUAAGGUCACUUUUGUCUUCACGCCUUCCCAACACUGGUGUAAAAGGACCCUCAUGGAUGACAACAAGGUUCUGUGGGGCAGUUGGUCUGUGUUGGGGCCUUGGAAUCGAUUCUUCUUCACUGGGGAUACUGGUUACUGCCCUGCUUUUGAAGAGAUAGGAAAGAGGUUUGGUCCCUUUGACCUUGCAGCUAUUCCCAUCGGAGCUUAUGAACCAAGGUGGUUUAUGAAAUACCAGCAUGUUGACCCAGAAGAUGCUGUAAGAAUUCACAUUGAUGUUCAAACCAAGAGAUCUGUGGCAAUUCACUGGGGAACUUUUGCCUUAACUAAUGAGCAUUACUUAGAGCCUCCAGUGAAACUGAAUGAAGCUCUAGAGAGAUACGGACUUAAAAGCGAAGAUUUCUUUGUCCUAAAGCAUGGAGAAUCAAGAUACUUGAAUACUGAUGAUAAAGCUUUUGAAGAAACAUGAAAAUGGAAAUUUUCAGUGAAAACAAGAGAAGAUUAAGAAAUUCACAAAUAUUGACAUUUUCACGCGGAAACAACUUCUGCAAGUGUGUGUUUUGUUUUUUUUUUUGCAUUGUAACUUGCCAAUCGAUAAGCCUCAUUUACAUAAACUGAGAGUCCAGGGAGGGUUAUUUAAGGAACUGUCCAAUGUAGACUUAAAAAAAUACCAAUGACACAAACAUUAUAUAUAUAUGUUUUAUAUAUAUAAUGAAAACACUACAUUUUAGUGGUGGUAGAAUUUCUGAGGUUGUAAAAAGCUGACAUAAAAGUUUCAUUUCUUUUUCUGUUAUUCAGGGCUUUCUACAAAGCCCUACUUAGUUUUCAGACACACACACCUUUCUUAUAUUCAUAUUAUAAUGAUGAAUGUGACUUCCACAUGCUGAGUAAACGCUUCAGGUUUUACUGUCAGGAUGAGCUGCUGGUCAUGGUGAUGCAUAUCUUCAAUCCCAGCAUUCCAGAGGAUAAGGCAGAUAGAUUACAAGUUCAUGGUCAACCAGAGCCAAGACCCUGUCUCAGGAGGAAACAUUAACUUACAUGUCAAAUGUUAAGUGAUUUAUUUUGUUAAGCAUAAGAACGUAGGUGUUUGGGCUAAAUUAUCAUUUAAAAUUUUUUUAUUGUGGCCAAAUAUACAUUACAUAAAACUAUAAUUUCAACUAUAGUGAAAAGCUCCUUGGCAUUAACAAUUCACAUUCUUCUGCAUCCAUGCACAUCUUAAGUUUCUAAGAGGGCAAUAUCUACAGAGCUGCACCCCAAUUUUAAAGCUGAUGGUCAGAGAAGAGAACAGUGUGGGGUUGAGACAUAGGGGAAGUUUAAAUUUCAAAGUCAGACAUUCUGCUAAGCACAACUGUAAUUACAGUGAAGUAUCUCACACACCAAAAUGUGAAUACAUCAUGCACUUGGAAUUAAGUUUUAUUUUUUUCACUUUCCAUUUUCUGUAUAUAUAUACAUAUAUAUACUUUUUCCUGUUCUCUAAGCUCUAACCCCAAAUAUAACAAGUGUGUUUUACAUGGCUUGGACGUGUUAUAUAUUUUUAUAUUAAAUGACCUAUAAGCACAAUUGUACUUUUUAGUAAACCACUGUGAAAUUACAGUAGUUUUUAAAGCUUCUGAGUGUCUGCUGACCAGUGUCUUUGGCCAGUAUGCCUCUGCAUCUGCAGGUUUGUUGUGAACCUUCAGGAAGUGAGCUGCCCAGAUGUUAGUGAGGGUGCUUCUGACUCAGACCAAUGAAAUCAACUUCCUUGGCACAAAAUACAGUAGACUUUCUCUAGAUAUCAAAUAUGCAGGGAGUACUCAAUACUCUGAUGUAUUUGAAUGGGCAUUUGCAUGCCACACCUUGGCCUCUCAUCAGAAUUUCACCCUUCUGUCAUUGAUUUGAUUACCCCAAAACAAAUGACUUGUGUUCAGCCCCGAUCUCAUUAUGUACGUCAAGAGGACAAUGUCAACCUACCUCGAGGGGAAAGUAAUAUUUUUUUUAAAACAGCACUUUAGAAAUCUAAGGGAGAAAACAUUUUAAGAUAUGACUGUCUGAAACUGACAGGUACAUGGAAAGCAAGCAAUGCUUUUGAUAAUACAUUGUUUUUGUUGCAAACAUCAAACUGGAGACUGACUUUAGAGGGAAAUAGCCAAUAUAAACGAUCAUCAGAAUUUAAUAUUUUUAUAUAAAAUAAUCAUAUCAGUCAAGGGGAAAAUGUGUAUUGUAAUAUUAUGUGUACAGUGACAGUGACUUGGAAUCCAAAGCCCAAGAUACCAUUAGAAUCGGCUUCAGUAAUCUCCCGCUGCAAAUGGCUGUGAAUCUGGACAGUAGGGCUCUGGAUGCAGCCUGGGGGACAGUGCUCCACGUGGCACCCUUGCAGCCAUCUUGUCAUACUCAAAAUUCUUACUUCAGCCAUUGAUAAACUUGCUCAAGUACUUCUCCAUGAAUGGCCUUAACAUUGCUUUUGUCUCCACAGGCACUGUUUGAGGCUCUCCAGGUGCUUUGCUUUCUAGUCACUUGAACUGGGCCCACCUCCUUGUUCUAGGCUUCUUCAUGAUUUGUUUCUUUCUCUGUAUAAGGCCCAUUCAUUAUGAAGUACAUCACAUAUCUCUUUAACACAAGCACCCUAUUUUCACUUUAUUUUUCUAAUCUACAUUUCAAAGGAUGUAUGUGUAAAGUGAAAAUAAAUUUUGAAAAAUCUAUUCUCUUUUGUCAGUCUAACAUACAUUGUAAAUACUAUCUAAUCUAUCUUCUAGGUCAAUUUCAUGUUUCUUUUGAUGAGUAUCAUCCCUGAGAAAUCCUUUGAUAUGACUAACUGCCUUUGAGGGUGGUUCCUUCUUUGGUAUGCUAUGAUCUGCAUAAGAGAAGCCUAUUUGUAUGUUUCACUAUUCCUUGGUAGCUAUGUGACAACCCACUCAGCCCCCUGACACAUCAGAAUCAGCUAGCUGCUGGCAAGUAUGGUUCUUCAGACUGAUGGAGGAGAUAAGGGUGGCAAGGAGCUUCUAGACCCAGAAUUGCGAAACCCAGAAACUGCAAACACCCUAGCUCCUGUACAACCUUUUCAACACCCACGUUUAUUAAAAAGGCAGGUUUAAAAAAUUGUUAUGAAGAAAUGUGCCUUUUGGAGAAUACCUUGAAUGUUGUGCCAUCAGCAAGUUAAAGUAUUGUUAACCAUCAUUGCUUAGUGCUCCUCCAGCACACUGCAGAUUUCUAGUCUCACCUUAAAAGUUUUCCCUGUUCCAAAGAGAUUCUUCCAUGCUGAUGUCUUUAUCAGGCCUGAGAACACAUUUUUUUCAGGUUGAGGAUUUGUGAUUCAUGCAAACACUCUAGUACUCACAUCUUUACAGUGUGUUCUGAAGUACUCCUAAAGUUUUGUCUAAUACAUAGUGACACUUCUGUUUGCCUGUUUGCACACACAAUGCUAAGCACAAAGGCAGAAUGGACUCAUACAGUACAACCUGGCUGAAUUCAAAGAUAUUGAACUUAAACCUCCUGGGAAGGAAACAUUUGAAAAGAUAACUGAAAAUAUUUAUAGGGGCUUAGAGAGAUGGCUCAGUUGCUAAAAGCACUUGUUGCUCUUGUAGAGGACUUGGGUUCAGUUUCCAUAUGGUGACUUACAACCACACUACUCCAGUUCCAAUGCCUUCUGACCUUGUACCCGUACAUACAUGCAGGCAAAGCACUCAUACAAAUAAAUUUGAAAAAAAAAAUUAUAUAUUGUAAGUUUAGUCAAGUAAAAUGUGGAUGAAGAUUAGUAAAAUAAUGUCAAUGGGGGAAGAAAUUUUUGUACACCCUUGCAUUUUUUUUUAUUAAAAAAUUAUACAUUUAUGCUCAGUAAAAAAUUCAAACAGUAGAAAUGGGUACACACAGAAAAUCCAAUGUACCCACCUCCCAGUCCUAUGCCCAGAAGUUUUACAUAUCCUUCUAGAAAUGUUCUGUCCAUGUAUACAUGUAUUUCUCAUUGUUAAAAAAAAAAAAAUACACAGGACCAUAAUACAUUGCUUU